UUGGAACCUGGCGGUAGUAUAACAUUUUGUUUCUUAAUUGUUUGAAAGCGACUUGUAGCGUAGUCGGAAGUUUUGAAAGAGUUCUUUGUGUGUGGAGAUGCUUUCAGAGACUUUUAAUAUGUUUUUGUGUAUUCUUUGUAUAGUUUAGUGCUACGGGAUAUGUUUUGGCUCAAGGCCAAAUUCGUUUGGCUAGUGUGAGAAAAGGGUGCGAGUGUCUGAGAGUGCAGCGUUUGAAGUUUUCCGAAGUAUUCGGAGGUUUGAGAGAAAGGUUUCGUACCGUACCGGACGAGUGUGAGAGCAUGUUUUCCGAUCACCAACCGUCGGGUUUGGAUGCGAAUUCGUAGCCCCACUUCCUCUUCCAGAAAGUUGUGCCCAUCCAGUAUCAGAGUGCUCAAGUUGUUUGAGCAAUGGUUACUCCCGGGCACCCCCAUUCUCUCCAUGCGUCCCAGGUCGCGAGCUCCACUGCAUCUCGCUGCAGAUGCUUUUGCGCAUGGAGAGCUGUCCGGAUUUGGGGGUUUCGUGCAGCUGCCCAAGGGCCGCAGUGUGUGGUUUUCCGAACGGUUUUCACUCACCGACCUUCAGCCUUUAGGCUUUUCCUUUAAGUCCGAUCUGCAAAAGGAAAUCUCCGCUCUUGAAACUUUAGCUCAGUUCAUGCUUUUCUUUGUGGUCACACGCCACUUGAAGCACGCCCGGGUCGCUCUGACAUUGCCUUCGUUGAGCGACAACACCGGCGCAGAAAGUUCUUCAAACCGCCUCUUCUCCACUAAUCUUAACCAUGCCCUGAUCUUGGAAAAAAUGGCUCUGUUAAGUUGCAGUUUUAACAUGUUUCUCGAUGUUUCCCACAUCGCAAAAAAACGACCAGGCCGAUGCACUCAGCCGAUGGGAAGCCCAUCUUCCGCUUCCGUUCGGUUUCACCGUAGCUGAUCGAGAGCGGGUUUCACUCUCCACACUGUGGAACGUAGGCAGCGCCGCAAAGUUCUUUCCCGAAGGGUUCGCGUCCACUUGGGACAUUCCUACCUUCACUGCCUGAAAACUAA